AUGGAUACGAAUGACUCUAAGCCUUUGUUGUCGAAAGAAAAGGACGAGAAACAUGCAGUGAUGGACGUUAUUAUGCCGGUCAUAUCCAUAACUCAGCCUAAUUUGGAAUAUGUUCCACCACCAUUUGCCGUUGAGCCACCGAAUGAUAUGCAUUACGGCUUUGAAGUUAUCAAAAAUGGUACCGUAAUUAAUAAGGUUGAUUUCGGGAGACGAAAAACUGGAACGUUUCUGGUCAUCGGUCGAUUACCAUCUUGUGACAUACAACUGGAGCACCCAACUAUUUCAAGACAUCAUUGCAUACUUCAAUAUGGUGAUGAUUUAAUGAAUCGAACCGGUAAAGGAUGGCAUAUUUAUGAUUUGGGUAGCACACAUGGUACCAAAUUAAAUAAAAAAGAAUUCCACCGAAACAGUUCAUCCGAAUACGUGUCGGACAUGUUGUGCAGAAGUAGCAGAAUUAUGACUUUAUUUGGUCCAAACUCGGAUACUGAAGAGGAAUGGGAAUAUUCACCAACAGAAAUGAGACGAUUGAUCGAGCAAAAAAAACUUUAUGAUAAAAUACAAAGAGAGAAGAAAAAGGUGUCAGAAAGUGAAAAAGAGAGUGAUGGUAUUAUGUGGGGGAUUGAUUACGACGAAGAACUAGCAUAUGCUCAGGCGUGUUAUGCAGAUGAUAUUCAAGAUCGGGGAGAAAAAUAUCGUGAUGAUCCGCUGAAGGUGUUGUCACGGUUUUUUGAAAAAGAAGGCUUCGAUAUGAAUUUCACAUUUGACGAAACAGGGAUGGGGCAAAACCACAAAUGGAUAUGUUCUAUUGAAUUACCUGUUGAUACAGCAGCUGGCCAGUCCUUAUCUGCAUCAGCGGUAUGUAGUGGAAGCAAAAAAGAAGCUCAGGUGUUAUGUGCCUUCAAUGCUUGCAAAACCUUAGACAUGCAUAAUAUUCUGUUUCGGUCGAAUGAAGCUAGAAGGAAGGCUAAAAAUUUAGUAGAUAAUGAUUAUUAUGAUUCCGAUGAAGAUACAUAUCUCGACCGGACAGGUCAAAUUGAAAAAAAUCGUGAAAAGCGGCGGCAGCGUGCUUUAGAAGCGAAAGGCAAAAUGACAAUGGAAAUAGAAACUUUCGAAACUUUGACGAAGAAGAUUGCUUCAAUAAGUAAAGAAUUAUGUGAAGUGGAGGCUCAGCUAAUAGCGAUUUCCAAAGAAAGAAUGGAAAAAGAGGAUGAUGAAAAAGAUGAUGAUGAUCUCGAUAAAUUCUGCAAACAACUGGGAUAUUUUAGCAGCGAGAAAGAUAGCUUGACUGUGAAGAUGGAAAAAUCAGUUUUGCGACAUCGUCUCGUAGCUCUGAAACAUGAAAAAGAACGACUCGAAAAAUUGGCCAAAAUCGCAAAGCCGGUAGAACUGCCAACAUUGAAAACACAAUCAAUUCAGGAUGGUAAACGUGCCAUGGGUUCUUUGUCUACUGCAACAAUGAAGAAAUUGAUGAAAAUGCGACAGGCUAAAAAAUCACUUCCGGAAAAGAUAGAACGAAGUGAGUCAUUGGGAAUGGAACUACCAUUGGAUACAUUCAUCAGAGAAACUGCUGAUAGGCUGCCUUUUAUAGCGGAAGUUGAAGAUGAUGAAAAAACAGUUGAUUCUGUUAACACUGCAUCUAAUGGUCAUCGACGAGAUCUUGCAGUGGCAACUAAUGCUUCUGGUGGAAAGGAAUCCAAUAUCUCAACAACGUUAGCAGUUGUGUCCAAUACAGAGAAAGUUAUAAAUGAAGAAAAGGAUGAAACAACCAUUGCUCCGUCAACCGUGGCACAAGAAAUACCGCAGCAUAUGCAAUCUGCCGUUUCGGAUGAAAAGCAACCAUCUACAACAAAAAAUGACAAUCCUUUAAAACGAAAACGCAUCCGAAUCCGUGAUGUAACAUCAUCGAAGCUGCGAAAGAACGAUGAUUAUGGCGAAGGAAUUGCUAACAGAAAUGAGGAUUAUAUCAUGUGGAUGCCACCGGAAAAUCAAAAAGGGGAUGGUACAAAUGCACUUAAUGCAAAAUUUGCUGGAAAAUAUUAG